AUGAAAAUCUGUCACCUGCGUCUGAAGCCAUUACGCUUUCUUCGAUUAGAACGCUCAUUUUCCAUACCUGGCGCUAUACAAUCUAUCUAUCACAUUCCCUUCAUGUCAAUCUAUCUAUUUCAGUUUGUUCAUAUCUAUCCAUCUCAAUUUGUUCAUAUCUAUCUAUCUAUCUAUCUCAAUUUGUUCACAUCUAUCUAUCUAUCUAUCUAUCUAUCUAUCUAUCUAUCUAUUUCAGUCUGUUCAUAUCUAUCUCAAUAUGUUCAUAUGUAUCUCAGUCUGUUCAUAUUCUAUCUAUCUAUCUAUCUAUCUAUCUAUCUAUCUAUCUAUCUAUCUAUCUAUGUCAAUCUGUUUAUAUCUAUCUAUCUCAGUUUGAUCAUAUUUAUCUCAAUCUGUUCAUAUCUAUCUAUCGAUUUCAGUCGGCUGAUAUCUAUAUAUCUAUCUAUCUCCAUCUGUUUACAUCUAUCUAUCUCAAUGUGUUCAUAUUUAUUUAUCUCAAUCUGUUCAUAUCUAUCUAUAUCUGUUCAUAUCUAUCUAUCGAUUUCAGUCGGCUCAUAUCUAUCUAUCUAUCUAUCUAUCUAUCUAUCUAUCUAUCUAUCUAUCUAUCUCCGUCUCUUCUUCCUUCUCUCUCUCUCUCUCUCUCUUUAUCUCUCUCUAUCUCUCUCUCUCUCUCUCUCUCUCUUUCGCUACCUUCUGUAG